UCAUCAAUCUGAGAUUGCUCUGCAGCCGAUCUGACCUCAGGUGCUGUUCGACACAAUGAGGUUUCUGAUCUCACUGUGUGUGUCGCUGCUGCUGAUUAAUGGUGAAAUAACCAAUGGACAAACAACAGAACCUACAACUGAUCCAUGCUAUGAUUAUAACACACUUGAUGAAUAUUGGAGAGACAUACGGCAAAGCCCAGAUCAUUACUAUGGAUAUGAUGACACUCUUGUUGAAUGGAGUGGCUGGUAUCGGCUGUAUCUGAAUGGAGAAAGUGCCCAGAUGUCUGAGUGGUGUGUGAGUUAUGCUGGAUGUGGUGGAGAAACUGGACUGUAUCUCAGCGGUUCUCAUCCAACACUUGAGGAUGGAGUGGUGACCCGUGAAGUCCUGGGAACUAGUUCAUGGUAUUGGUGGUGGGGAUAUUCCAGUGAGUGUGGCGCCUACAGUUCCUCAUCCAUCCGAGUCAAAGCCUGUCCAGGAGAUUAUUACGUCUAUGUAUUUGUCGAACCCGUCAUAUCAGCUCCAGGGCCGAUGUACUGUGCAGUUGCUUUCCAAAGCAUCAGCAGUGAUCCCUGCUACAACUAUGAGUCUCUGGAUCGUCCCUGGAGAGCCAACAAUGAAAGUGGAGGUGACAUUUGUGAUAACAUGUUCUCCUGGAAUGGCUGGUACCGGCUUGUCUACUAUGGAAUGGACAUCCGGAUGUCAGAGACCUGUAUCAGUUCAUACACCUGUAACACAUACCUCAAUCUGUGGCUCAAUGAUACUCACCCUCAGAUAGAGGAUGGAGCAGGGGCGGACUGGCCAUCUGUAUGUCAGCACUAUUUCACAGGCAGUUUCCACUGUGAGUCCAGAUAUAUUCACUGGAUCCACCAUCAACUUGAGUAA